AUGUCACAAAUCUUACCUAUCGAUAAAAAGCAGCUUCGCGCUUGUUUAUUAUGUUCGCUUAUCAAGAAUGCUUCUCAAUUUCGUUCUAAUGGAUGUGAGAACUGUGAAGAAAUCCUACAAAUGAGGGGUAGUAUGGACAGAGUAACUGAAUGCACAAGUGGAAAAUUCGAAGGUGCGAUAGCUUUAAUGCAUCCUAAGGAGAGUUGGGUUGGCAGGUGGCAAAGAGUUGAUAAAUUUCAAAAAGGAGUGUAUGCCAUUGUGGUUUAUGGACGAGUGCCUGAAGAUGUGGAAGACGAAUUAGAUCGACGUGGUGUGACAUACAGACCAAGAGAUGGCAGUGUCAAGGAUUAG